AUGUCAGUGAUUGGAGCUGGCUCAGCCAGUACCCCUGUAGGGUCCCCCAGCCCAGCACGGCCCCCACUCACCCACACAGGCCUGCGAAUGGCUCCAUGUGACUGCUGCUUUGACCCCUGGGUCUUCUGUAUCCAGUGGACAAGCACCAACCUGUCUCCAUUGGCCACCUCUACACUUGGUCACAGUGCUGCGUCUCUGCCGGGUGCUGUGGGACACCCCCCUCCCGCCCCCGGCCUGGGUGGCCCCUGGGACCCCCCAGGACCAACUGCAACACUUUGCACCCUUCAACUUUCAGGGGAGAGCAGUGGCCCCAGCCCCCGGCCCAGUGCUGCUGCCAUGCUUUCCAAGCUGUUGGGGACACAGCAGGUAACCUUCCACUGCCCAAGGAGAUGCUACUGGAUCACUCCUUGGUCAGCCAGAACAGUCCCAGCAGUGGCCCCAUGCCUGAGGACUCUGGUGGCACCAGAGUCCCCAAUCUCCUACUGCUACACUGGCUUGCUCUCACUGCCCAGGGAGCUGCUCACCCCUGACUACAGCAUCCCUGAGACUUCCAAUGCAGUCCUGAGCCUACAGCAAUUCAACACCAUCAGGAUGGGGUCCCAAGAGCUGUGGUGGGGUGCAGGGACAGACUUGCCACCAUCCCAGCCUGGCAGGCUAGAAAAGCAGGGGGAAAGUGGAAGAGCAAGUUUCCAAACCCACGCAGCAAGCACAGGGCUCUAG